GAAUGAAGUGUCAUGCCAGGUUCAGAUUUUGAACUAUACGAAGAACGGUACUCCAUUCUGGAACCUUUUCCACAUAACUCCUGUUCAUAUGGGUCCGAAACAUGUGCUCGAGCAUUACAUUGGCGUGCAGACUUGUUUGCCUGCUCGGUUUGAAGCUUCUGAGGAGGCCACAACAACAUUGGCUUCUGGACAGAGCCCAUCUCUUGUCGAUGCAGAUGAUGGCCCGCGUUUUCAAGAAUAUGAGUCGCUUGCUCGCCUAUCAGCCGAGCUUGCUUCGAAUAAGUGGGCCUCUUUUUGUGAGCUCCUUCAGAGCUCGUUACCCGCUCAGAGAAAUGCAGGUCCUGAGACUGCAGGCACUUCGGUUGACACGGUUCCUCAGCUUCCAGGAACGCUUCAGACAUCGCUGGCAAGAAUCCAUCAAUGCAUUGUACUGGUAGAUGCCACAAACUCAGAGUAUCCCAUCGUGUAUGCAAGCAAGCCCUUCUUAAGAAUGACAGGUUAUUCUUGGCAAGAAGUGGUGGGAAAAAACUGUCGCUUCCUUCAAGGUCCAGAGACUAACCCGGACCAUGUCCAACAGCUUCGGGAGGCCAUACAUGGGAGCAGGUCAUGUUCUGUAAAUAUCCUCAAUUACAGAAGGGAUGGUUCGAAGUUCUGGAACCUACUACAUGUAUCGCCAGUCAGGUCCUUUGAUGGAAAA